CGGUGUGGAUCAACACCGUGUAGCUGCUCGGCAGUGUAGUCGAGAGGGGCAAGUGCGACGACGCUGAUGCUACAACGCUGGUGAUGCCCCGGAUGUUGGUACAAGGGAUUACCUGCCUGACACUUCUCACUCUAGGAGCUGCGAUCAAGUGUUACAAGUGUCAUAACAGCAACUCCGAUGCGUGUGGCGAGAUCUUCAAGUCCUACCAAUUCUCAACGUACGACUGUGCGACUGAGAACAUCAAGUGCGGCAAGCAAACACAACCACCAAUUACUCACAAUGGUCGAGAGAACUGGGUCGGCGUUAUCAGAACGUGUUAUCCUAUGGGGUCCCUCCCUGGCAUCAACGAGACUGAUGGAUGCCACUACUGGACAAACCCUUCCGACAACUUCACGGCAGAAUACUGCUUCUGCAGCACAGACGGUUGCAACCUAGCAUCCCGUCUUUAUAACAACGGCAAUGCUAUUGUUCUGACAGUGGCCUUAUGUGCAAUUAUGCAUUGUAUGCAAACUAUGUUAUAAUAAUGUUUUUUUAAAUAUCGUGUGUACUUUGUUGACGAAGCAAUGUUUUACGAGGACGUAGAACUCCUCCGAUUACUGUUACUGCAUAGUGCAUUUCACAGCUAUAUUGUAUCGGGUUAGGGUAGUGCCGAGAGUGUUCUCUCGUCACGCCAAAGGCUUUGGUUCCAUUCCACUACCUUGGCACACAAAGUAAAGCCAAUUUCUGUUAUCACUGGAAUAUGUUACUUGAAUAUUGCGCAUGGCGGCGUACAACUAAGCGCUCUUAAUGGUAUUAACAUGAGUUCCUUCAGUAAAUGUCAUGUCAGGUCAAGUCAAGUUUAUACAUGUCAUUCAUAUAGGAUAUGUACACAUAUACAGACAUAUGUUCAGUGAGAAUGCGUUGAUAAUAAUGAUAAUCAAUUUCAUUGAUGCAUUGAUAUAACUGGACAAGUUUAGAAAGAUAGGCUUAUAUUGUAUAGACGUUAGUGGUAUAUAUCUUUCAAUUGAAGGAUAUUGGCUGUAGUAGUUUGGAAGAUGUCGAUUUCUGGAGACAUUUAAGUUAGGGCAAUACAAACUUAAAUGUAAAUCGUCACCUGUUCCAAGAUUACAUCAUGUACUGUUGACUAUAUUCCCUAUGUAUACUGUACCAUCGACCAGUUUCUAUUGGGAGAUGAUUGCCUAAUCUAUAUAGAACUAAACAUAAUCUGAGGUUUACAGGCAGUGAUCAUAUGUAUGGUUAAAUUAUAUGUAACUGCUCAAACAUAGAAUAAUAAAAACCUUUUGAGGAGGAGAUCAACUCUCGUAUCCAAUCUUGAUAAUACUGAUCUAUCAGAGUUGUUUUAACUUUAUACUUCAACCAUAAAAUGUUUGAAGACGACUGAGAUAAGCAUACGUAAUUAAACCCCGUGCUCUCCAGUAUAGUUCUAUUACAGAGAAGAAGAGGGAAGCUAUAGUUACUGUUACAUUGAUGCAUCUUACACACAAGCCCAUAUACUGCGUGCACCAGCUGAUUUGGUGAUAGUCAAACUUUCCUCCAAUAUAAAAUAAUUCUAGUUUGUAUGAUAAUUUCUAGUGGGUAUUUUCCAAGUUCUCCAUAAACCAUAAAGCCUGGAGUUGAUUGCUUCAGUGUAAGUACACGAACAAUGAACACUACACACGCUUAACCAGGCCAAUGGUUUCUCAGCUCACCUCGUAUCUCGUCACCGUCCUCUGUCAUCGUCACUGAUGGCGUUGGUUCAAAAACAACUGAUAAUUAACAACACAGUGUAUAUCAAUGAAGUGUUAUUGAUUAGCCUAAAAAGGCUUCAUUAUCUAUUUAUACACAUCACAGGUAUGUCUUUUGUUGCAUUUGCAACUUGUUUUGGAACUUGUUGUUUUUCAUCACAGCAAUACACUUGGCUAUUUCAUGCAGCAGUAUUUUCAUAUAUAAUCAUAUCAUUCAUGUAACUUUACUUUAAGAACGUCUACGUAAAAACAAAUGACAUCUUUCUCAAUUGAUGUUGUUAUUUGAAUAAUCUUAUAUCGUUACAGUGAUGUACUGAUGACUUGUUUUCGGCAAUUAUAUGUAGCUGUAAAUAUGAAUAUUUACACAUGCGAUUUUCCGUGAGGAACUCUGCUCUGUACAAUGCGUAGGUAGACGUAGACGUAUUACAAUUACCUUUCGAGUGUAUAAUGUUAUGUGUGUUUCCGAUGUCUAUUACUUCGGAGCAUGUACAUGCCUCCAACAUGAUUACAUUCUGCUCACCAAAAGUAGCCGAUAUUGAUAACUAAAAUAACAAUUUCUGAAAACUAUGAACAGUUUGAAUACAGGAAAGUUUUCGGGAAACACUGGUGAAUAGAAUACGUCCUUGAGGACAUGAAAGCAAUCGGUCAAGUAAUCUCCACAGGACAAGAUCGGUCACAUAAGAUCAAUAUCGAGUUUUUCCUCCCAACAGGCAUCGCAUCCCAUAAGAUAGUUGAUCACCAGUUAGGGGAUAUGUUGCCAUGUUGGAGAGCCAGUCCUGUUCUUGAAGGUCUCAGCAUAUACAAUACCUGUUCUGUGGGGGAGAGAUCGUUAGACAUCACUGACUGCAACAUCUGUGUCUGGAUCCUCUGCACGCGGUCCAGGUCUGUGUACGCAGAGUAAGCCUUGUCAUCCCAGGGUACAAAAGCACUGCCAUGGAGCAGAGAAGAUGUUGUCAUGUAGGCACUGAGUCUGGCUGAUGUUGAUAUCAACCAGCCCCAAACCAUAAAUGAUGUCCUGCCAUGACAACCAUAAGGCAUCGUCAAAGCUGACUGUUUCACAUUUCACCACUUGUCAAUGGUCCAUCACUGGUGGAACCAGUCGAGACCAAUCUCUCACGGAUCAUAUCACAUAUGGCUACCGUGCUUACAAAGAGACCGCAUAAAGUCAAUUACUGUCUGUGUACAGGCCUUGAAUCAUGACGUUUAGCGUUCUGCUUGCUGUCCCGGAAGACGAGUGACGCGACGAGUCGGUCUUAUUGACGGUCAGUGCGUCACAGAAGGCCACUGGGAUUCCUUGACUUGACCUGUCCUCGGGCAUCGCUACCACAACUGGUUGUACCACUGUGGCAUAGUCAGUUCCUGCGCGAGUGAGCUCAAGCUGUUUCGGCCCGGAUCAUCCCAGUGACACUCAAAUGUUGUUUCCCUUAACCGCCCCAUUGUUUGCCACUGCUGUUAUGAGUGCAUAAGGCAUUUCUAGACACCUACACCCAUUAAGGCAAGUGUGGCACAUUCACACGUGUUACCACUGAGUGCAUGUGAGGACAACUGCCAAUGCUUCUGGAGGCGAGCAUCCGACUCUACUUCUAUACAAGCGAUUUUUCAGUGAUAGGUCAUCGUCUCCGUUGACUGAAGACUGGUGUAUUUGUUUCCAUAUCCCUUACUUUACGUGAGCAGUUUACUUUUUGGGCUUAUGAUUUUAAUGAAGUUAUAAAACAUACUUUUCAACACGACGAAUUUUUCACCCGUCACGGAUCGUUGAAACAACAAUGACCGAUUGCCCUUGGAAAUGUUAUUUGUCUCACUAAAAUAAUAAAAACAACGACUAGAACUCGCAUACUAUGUUACACGUGAUGUUCUGUGAAAUAAAGAGGAAAUGAUACAUAGGA